AUGGUCUCCCUGGCACACGUCCUGGCCUUACUAUUGCCGUUGGCGAGCAAGCUCCAGGAUAUAUGCGCUGAUGUGGUGAACUUUGUGGCUGAGAAAUACAGGGUGGCUACAUGCACUUUACUUCUCCCCUAUGUUGACGACUACUAUCGAGCAUCACAGAUUGGUGCUAUGAGGGUAUUGGGGGGGCUUGAGAGACCUAAGCAAGGUGACCUGGACUGGUGUUCUGCUGGCCUCCACCGCUGGGCUGAGGGUAUUAGUGAUGGCACUAUGGAUGUUGAGGAAAUACGAUCGUACUUGCCAGUUUUCUCUCGCUACAUGUGUCUGCGUGCUAGUGAUGACGAUGUGGUACUGCACGCUGCGAAGGUGGUGGAAGCAUUGUGGAAAUUGGAGAAGUAUAAGUGGAUUGGUCUGGAGAAUCGUAUAAGUGAAUAUCCGCUCGGUGUUGGUCGGGAGCCUCUCAAACGUUCCCUACAGGACUGCAUUGACUCGGUAGUACAGAAAGUAGAGGAUAAAGCUGCUAACAAUGACUUGAUCAUCACCACUGCAUUAGUCCAGCUCGUGGAGCUUCUAGUGACGGCCUUCAAGGAGUAUACUCCAGUGUGUGAACUGAUGAGGAAUCCCUCGAUAUCUAAGUGGCUGUUGAGGAGAGGGAACUUGAACAGUAUUGGCCGUGUACUGUUCCUUAUGGAACUGAAUGAUGAUGCUGUCAAUGAGCUUUCUGGGCUGGUAGCGCACUCGGAAGAUUCGUCGUUGUCGUCGUCGUCCUCGGAGAUUCUGGCAACACUGUGUCGGUAUGGAGGGGAUAAGGAAGUAGCUGGUAGAGGAUUGAAGGCAGCGCGUGAUGAUACGAUGACGGAAGCAUUGCAGCAAUUAUGGCAUUGUGUGGGAGUGGAGGGGCCAUGGGACAGGAGUACUCCCCUUAGUAUCGUACAGAAAGCCUCAUUCGAUGGGAUCGCUGAACUGGAUAGGGUCAACCGUGAAGUACUGCCUCUUCUGCAGUGGGGCGAUAUGGCUCUGGCGAUUCUGAGUCGCAUCGGAGACUUCUCAGAAGCUCCUGAGGUGGGUAUGAGGCUGUUGACGUACCCUUCGGGAUGCGGGGUCGUUGAUGGAGAUAUGAUGAAGUGGGAGUCGGCUCGAGUGGAGCUGAGGAAGAGGAUUGAAGGAGGUGUACCCACUUCGUUGGAAAGUUCCCUGAUGUUGGCACUGUGCGGCCGAGACUUCCCGCUAUCGUCACGAGUUGACGUCUGGUGUGACAGGGACUUCAUGAUAGUCUUGGCCAAAACUGAGGGGCUACGAGCGCUUACUGGUGAAUCGGAUCUCUUUACCAUAGACGAAGCUGACCUUUCUGAUCGGGAAUCCCAGUCCCUGUUGAGGGUUUGGCGUGAUGAAU